AUGUCGCCUGUCGAUUACGACCCGAGCAUGGCCGUGAGUGCGAUUGACAACGGUGCGUUUCUCUACUUCAAGAGGCCAGCGAACCCCGAGAUGCUAAGAUACCUAUGGCAGCACGUAGCGAGGGAGACCAUGCAUAUGCGUGUGAUGAGAGAGCGCGAAAGGCUGAUGUCGGCCAGCUACAUUACGCCUCCAUGUGGCGUCGGGUUUGGGGACGUGGAAAACCCUAAUAACAACUCGUUCGUGAUGGAUAAUGGGAAGUGUAAAAUGAACGAUUACUAUAACGAAAAAUAUGUUGAAAAGGAAUACAACUUUGAUAAUAGUAGGAUGAGCCAAGGAAAGGUCAAGAGAAAGAUGUGUACGGAGUGGACUAAAGAGCUACACGAGAAAUUUAUAGAUGCUAUAAACCAAUUAGGGGAUGGAAGUAUCUUUCCAAAGGAAAUAUUGGAGAAGAUGAAUGUGCCUGGACUAACAAGAAUGCAAGUGGCAAGUCAUCUUCAGAAUUGUCGGAAUGAGAACUGGCGAUCGCCCGAAGAGCGAAAGUCAACCCCAGGGGCCAAUCCCAAGUCGUCCGGUAGAGAAGGGUCAAGCCGCAAGCUGAGGCGGUUCGGGUCCAUGCCUCGAUUGAAGAAGGAAAAAUCAGAAGACCGAGCCUACGAUCAUGGACCGAGAAGUGAAAUGGAGUCUAAGGCUACUGAAACAGGGAUGGCUAACCAGCCCAUGUAUAAUAGUAUGAGAAAUGAAGCAUUCCACCCUCAUCCAGAAUUAUUGCACUAG